UGUUGGGAGAAAAGUCUUAUCCAAACCGGGAAGAAAAUAAUUCUAUCGGAACGGCGGAUGGACAUCGUGGAGUACCACUUUAUGAUUGUGAUUUGUCUUUGAUAGGAAAAUAAAAGUUGGACUGUUUUCCCAGUGGCUAGCAAAAGCGGUGGUGGUAGUGGAAAACCGACGUACUUAGUGAUCGUGCGAAAAAGAUAACGGAAGAUACGCUUUUCUAAGCUUCGGUUGCUGAAACUAGUUGGGACCUUUCUGCUCCUGCGGUGCCUUUGGUGGGGCACUGUGGCCGGCGAACCAUCAUCAUCCGGAAGGAAUACGAUUAACCGAACAGGAACAGGAGAGCGGGAGUGAAGCAAGAGUUAAGGUUGUUAUCUUGUCGGGAAGGCCAUCGGAACGAUGUCGACGACUGAAGCUUCCACCCCCGCAACCGGAACGGAAAACACCGAACCCGUUCCGAAGGACCACACCAACCCAGACAGUUCAUCCUCCAAAGAAGCCGACCCAGCCGACGGUACCUCACGCGACAACAAGCGAGAAGCCAGCUGGCCCUCGGUGCUAUUUUACAUCCACCUCAACAUCCUAGGCGUGUACGGAAUUUUGGUUCUUUUUUCUCACACUUCAGCGAUAACGUUUGUGUUCACAUUCUUAUUAACCUUAUGUGGAAUUUUGGGCGUCACUGCUGGCGCUCAUAGGCUGUGGGCACAUCGAGCCUACCAGGCGUCCACCCUCCUGAGAAUCUUCCUGAUGCUCUGCCAAACCAUGGCCGGACAGGGCUCCAUUUACGAUUGGGUUCGCAUGCAUCGGUUGCAUCACGAAAAAUUCCGCACCGCAGACGAUCCGUUCUACAGCGACAAGGACUUCCUGCAUGCGCAAGUGUUCGCCAACAUCCGCAAACUAAGUCCGCGCCAGGAGAAGAUGCUGGCCAAAGUUGACAUGACCGACUUGGAGUCGGAUGGAGUAGUAAUGUUCCAAAAGCGUUUCUACUGGUUCCUUUAUCCGGUGCUCUUUGUGCUGCUACCGAUUAAUGCGCCACUGGAAUAUUGGGGUGAUACUGUGCAGGCCGCCAUCUUUGUGGCGUUCUCCCUGCGUUAUCUGCUAGUGCUGAACGUGUCCUGGUUGAUCAACUCGGCACACUUCAUCUGGGGUUUGGAUAAGAACCACAAACAGAGCGACUCCAACAUGGUAUUCGUGGUGACUAAAAGCUAUUGGCCGCAGUAUCACUACCUGCUGCCGUUCGACUAUCAGAGUGGCGAGUUUGGAAAUUACGGUUCCGGUUGUACGACCGCGUUCAUUCGGAUUUGUACUGCCAUGGGAAUGGCUACCAAGCUGCAAACCAUGACGACGGAAGCCGUGAAGAAGGGUCUAACGAUGGCCGUCGACAGUGGUCGACCAAUCGUGGAUUGUCUGAAGCAAGCCGGUGCCGAGGAUAUGUGCAACUUGCAGCGCGAGCAUUACCUAAAAAACGAGAGACUUCACUAGAAAGGAAAGAGGCAAUUGGCCUCUCGCGGCGCUGCUGAAUGAGUUAAUUUAUUUGCUACUAUUUUUUGUGUAAUCGAAGAAUACUUUUUUCUAUAAAAUACA